CCGGUUGAUCCCAGACAAUAACGCUGUGUUGCUAACACACACGCGCGCACACACACACACACACACACACACACACUCAGCAGUUUAUUGUCACCUUCACUACGCUGGGAUUGUCUCUCUAGUGGGCGGAGUCAUGGAGAACUGCGGAGUCGUGGAGAAGGACGGAGAGAUGGCAGGAAAGAGUGCUGCUGAGGUUCCUGUUAGCGAACAGAGAACAGGUGAUGAGGCUGAGUCAGCCACGCAUGUGUGUGAGGUGUGUGGUAUGUGUUUUGAGACUAGGCGAGGGUUAUCGAGCCAUGCCCGUUCUCACCUGCGUCAGCUGGGUGUGUGUGUUUCGGAGAGCAGCGGUGCCCCCAUCAGCCUGCUGUAUGAACUGAUCACUGAGAGGGAUGGGGCUUUGCCCUUUACACCCAAACACACACACACCACGGCAAAACACACAACACACACCCAACACAGAACCAAACACACCAGUAAACAUGGAGCCAAACACGGUUCAGGAACCAAACUGAAGAUCAAAAUUGGUGAAUUGGUGAAGAGACCGUGUUUUGCUGCCCCUGUAUCACUGAGAGACUCCUCGUCCUCAUCCUCGUCCUCCUCAUCUUCAUCCUCAUCAUCUCCAGUCCAUCACCAUAAACCACCCAAGACUCUGCCCACUCUCUCAGCUUUGUCCAAACCACUGGGAGUGCCACAGGAAACAGACACUCACCUCAACCUGAUGGAGAUACCAGGUGUGUCCCAGCGUGAUUGUGUACAUGUGUGUGAGCUGUGUGGGGCAAGGUAUGAGACGAAGAAGGGCCUGGCCAGUCAUGUUCGAGCUCACCUGCGCCAUUUUGGGGUGGAGCUGGACCCUAAAGCCCUGCCCAUACAGGUCCUGCAUGAUCUGCUCCAAAAGGAGGUGGGGCUAGACGGACAGGACCCACCCACUGCUCUGUUAACCACACCUCCAUUUAAAAAGAGGAAGCUCUCAUCAGCAAGAGAAAAAACACAGAGAGACAGUGAUUCAUCAAAGAAUGCGAACUGUGAGUUUUGUGGAGAGAAUUUUAAGAAGACCCAGAGUUUGGCGAGCCAUGCCCGCUCUCACUUGCGCCAGCUCGGCGUCACUGAUUGGACGGCUCACGGCUCACCGAUGGCAACACUCAGAGAGCUGAUGGCUCGCCGUAGUGGUAGUAGUUUAACUCUACCCACACAGGCCACAUCCUUGACUCCUGCUCAAGCCAAGCCUCCAUCUGAAUCUCCACCUCUUCCUGCACCAGGCCCCUCCCCAUGCCAAAUGCCCAAGCCUCUAUCUGAAGCUCCACCUCUUCCUGCACCAGGCCCUUCUGCUGUCCGAGUGCCCAAAGCCAGAAAGGGCACAAGGAUGGCCGUGUCCAAACCGAAAGAUGAGCCAAUAGAGUUGGACAUCUCUACUGGACAUCAGUCUACAAAAACAAAAACUACACCUCCACCCUCAACUCAGUUGAAUUUGACUACUGUCCAGUCAUCUGUGGAGUACACUACACUUCCAGCCAAUCAGAGUCUAACUACAGGCCCCCAGGUGGAGGUGAGCGUGGCCGAGCCUGUGAGGUGUGAUUACUGCGGAGAUCUGUUCGAUAGCCGUAAAGCUCUGUCGUGCCAUGCCCGUGCUCACCUGCGCCAACUGGGAGUGAAGUGGGCCCCUUGCGCUUCACCUAUCGACACGCUGCACGAGCUGAUGAUCAGAGAGGGCAGAGGGCAGGGGGCAGAGGGCACACCGUCACCCGUAGACUUCUGCAGAGAGAAAACGGAGACGGACGGUGCAGGUUCAGCAUUUGAGGCUACUUGUGAGCUGUGUGGAUUUGACUUUGAGAACCGGAAGGCAUUAGCCAGUCAUGCACGCGCUCACCUCCGUCAGCUGGGGGAGCAGUGGAGCUCCAGCCAAUCACCAAUCUCUGCCCUCAGCCAGUGGAUGAGCAGAGAGCCUGAGAAGGUCGCUGCCCUUCAUCAGCUCUACAUGCAGGGGACUUUACCGCACAUUCGCAAGAGGCGUGUCUGCUCUCCAGUUCGCUCCUCUGAUGCUGGCUCCGCCCGCUCCUGUGUAAGCCGCCCGUUUCCUGGAGCUCGGCAGGGUAAAACUGGGGCGGGUCUCUCUUGCUCUUCCUCUUCCCAUAGGAAAUUGUCAUCCCAUCGCUCCGCCCCCCACUCAGGUGUUGACCAUGGUUCUGAUCGUCGGCCUCCUAAACUAUUCCCUCUCAGAAUGGUGGGGGCUCUGAAGCGUGUGGGUAAUGCCCCCUCUCUGAUGCCCCGCCCACCUGAAACCAGCCUAGUUAAACUGGUGGGAAAUAUUUAUUCACUGAAGUGCAGGUUCUGUGAGCAGGUGUUCAGUGGACCCCUCUCUGUGCAAGAAGACUGGCUCAUCCAUCUGCGACAUCACAUCCUUAAUCUCAAACCGGACCAUGCCCGUAGCCCCGCCCCCAUACUGCCCCAUUCAGAAUCUGCUCAGCUGAUUGGCCAGGCUGUGUAGGGAGGUGGGGCAGCUCCACACAGUGGUUUUAAUUUAGUAACUGUUUUAUAAUGUGUCUAUAACCUUUUUUUUUUUCAAAUAAAGAAGACAACUGUAUAGGGGUUAGAUAUAGUGAUGCGAUGGACACUACUGAGGAAGCCUAAGAAGGGCGCACCAUCUGAAUGUACACUACCCUUUUCACUCUGUGAAUUUUUACCUUGCAUGUGGAAGAUGAUUUUUAAAAAAGUGUUUUAUACAGUGUGAGAUGACUCCUCUGUUACACCAACAUGCUGUGUUGUGCGUGCGCGCGCGCUCACAUGCAUUGAUCUGUACUCGGAUGUCCAGGUUUACUUUUAUUUGAGGUGUUUAAUUCACUGAAUGUCAUUUGUACAUCUAAAUAAAAUCAAAAAUAAAAUCUAAAUUUCUACAUA